AUGGAUCUCUCUCCUAUUAAGUGGGACAUUGAUAAAUUUAGAGACGAGAGUUUUGGUCAUUUACAAGGUGAAUUGACAAUUUUGACUGAUAUGAAAAAAGUAUGGAUCUCUAGAAAGUUCAUUUCAAUUUAUGAAGCUAGGCCUUCUACCUACUUGGUCUUCUGUGCUGAUACAAUUCUUAAGAUUUUUGGUUUACAAUUGGCCACUGACAAUAUCAAAGGUUGUGAUCUUUUUAGUACUCAUGAACCUUGGGAGAUAUGGGAGUUUUAUAAAAGAGAGUCGAAGGAUGAUGAUGAUCUUUUCUUUUUCACUGCCUCGAAGAAAAAGUUUAGUAAGAGCAAACAAAUUUGUAGGAGAAUUGGUUCUGGUUCUUGGAAAGGUGAAAAUGCUACCAAAGAAAUUCAAACUAAUGAUGAUAUGAUAAUUGAUGAUGGUAGUGGAACAAAGACUAAAAAUGCUACAAAUUCAAGUUUAGGUGAAGACACUCCUUCUAAUGGAAACAGAGAAGAUUUUGAAAAUGAUGAGUUGAAUGAUGAUGAGUUUUAUAAGGAGCUAUUCCUAGAGGAAGAAGAAGAAGUACAAUUGUCUUCCCGAAUGACAAUUCAUGAUGGUAGUGCAACCAAGAGUGAAAUUGGCACAAAUUCAAUCGUAAAUGAAGACCCUCCUUCUAACAGGAGUGAAGAAGAUUUCGUCAGAGUUUGGAAGAAAGGCAAGAGUGGCAAGACAAGAAAUAAAGAUGCUAGAAAUGCAAGCAUAGUCCUAUAA